GAGAUAGUUCGCGGUUCCAUACUAUGAGGUGCAGCUGAUAAGAUCCACUCCUGACUCCUGCUAUGCUAAGGAAGUGAGUGUUAGGAAACUUAAAUCAUGUAAUGCGUUGUGACGUUUAAACGCAGACAUUGUUUGUAUUUGGCGUUUAGACGCAACGAGACUGUUCUUCUUGGUGUUCCUUUGACCGCCCUGUGCAUCAACCCGACUAUAAUGUUGCCUUGGAAGAAGAACAAGUUCGACCUAAUAGAGGAAGACAAGCAGUCCAAGCACAAGGGCUACGCGGUGAGUCUGAACUACUCCGCGCUCACCACGCUGGCCAAGGCGUGUCCGGAGAGCGCGCUGAACCGAGUGGGCAGCAUGUUCAAAUCCAAGAGGAAAAAGGUGAAAAUCACGAGCGAGGACCCAACGUACACGGUGCUGUAUUUGGGCAACGCCACCACCAUCCAGUCGAAAGGUGACGGGUGCACAGAUGUGGCCGUGAGCAAAAUUUGGAACAAGAGCGAAAUGGGAAAGUGCGGCACGAAGAUGCGUCUGACGGUGAGCUCACAAGGCGUGCGCAUGGUGCACAUGGACGAUCAAGUGCGCAGACCCGGGCACCUUUAUUUACUGCACCGGAUCACAUACUGCGUCGCUGAUCCACGACUUCCCAGGAUCUUCGCCUGGAUCUACAGGCACGAGAUGAAGCACAAAGCGGUGAUGUUGCGCUGUCAUGCCGUGCUCGUGUCCCGGCCGGAGAAGGCGAAAGCCAUGGCACUGCUUUUGUACCAGACUUCAGCCACAGCGCUGGCCGAGUUCAAGAGGCUCAAACGUCGCGACGACGCAAGGCACCAGCAGCAGCAGCUGAUUGGCGAGCAGACCAUCCCACUCGUGCCACUACGCAAGCUGCUGAACGGCCAGUGCUGCUACAAGCCUCCGGUGGAGCGCAGCAGGAGCGCACCGAAACUUGGCUCCAUCACCGAGGACCUGCUCGGCGAGGAAGCCGAGGAAAAAGCCACACAGUUUGAAUGUGAGGACGUGCUUGACACGGACGAAGAGCGCACAGGCACCGAUAAACCCGGGCUGUGUCAGCUUAUUAACGACCUGGGCGAAAUGGGCAUCGGGAACGACGUGCGGACUCUACAAGCGGACCUCAGGGUGACCAGACUGCUGUCUGGAGAGAGCACGAGCAGCGAGUCGUCUUUAGAGAACAGUCACGAUCCUGCCGUCGUGUCCAACGAUGCCGACGAGCGCAAAGCUCCAGAAGUCGGCUGAACUCCGGCUGAAAGUGUCUUCGUCCUCUGUUCGGUUGUAGAUUUUUAUGCCACUGCCGUUAUCCGUUCACUUGAAUGAGCGCUCGUGCGUUUAGAGGUUUGUGACUCCGACUGGCCUGCAUGGAUAAGCCAAGUUUCCAUCCAAGGGCUCUUACAUACAUCCAAGGGGUUUGUAUGGGAUAGGUGGUGUGACGGAAAGAGAAAAUAUAAAGAAAUCAGAUGUUUAAGGUGGAAAAUUAAAUAUAAAAUAUCAUUGGGGAUUGAUUCCAUUCUAAACUAUAACAAAUAUAUAAUAAAAUAGCAAAUGGUCUUUUUUUCUUUACAGUGGUUUAAGAAUAACAGAUAAAAACAUUAAUAUGAAUGGGAUUUCUGAUUAUGAAGCCACUGAUUUUCACUGGUCUGAAAUUGGAAACCUUGCACGUCUGUAUGGACAGGAUGUGCGGAAAGGACUUGGGUUUCUGUUAUCUGAAACAAAAAUCAAAUGAGUUGUUGCCGGAUUUAACCACUCUGUCUGUGAAGUGUUACAAAAGGGAAGCAGCACAAGCAAGGACCUGACAUGUUUGUUUGAUAAAUUGUGGUGUACUUUGUUUGCUUUUUUUGUGGUGGUUCAAGUGGUGGUUUAAGUUUAAUUCAGUGUUUGGAUGGAAACCUGGCUGUAGGGAGAACGAACCAAGGUGCAGUUGACCUCAGGCCGAGCUGGGACAGGGAGUAAUACGCAAUAAAACUCUCUCUCUCUCUCUCUCUCUCUCUCUCUCUCUCUCUCUCUCUCCUGUCACAUGAAAAGUUUUACAUCCAAGAGCGUUUACGUAACUCAUUUCUCCAAAGGAAAUGUUUCUCUGUUAAACAACCCUUCAAAUAUGUGCACGUUCCUUAGAGGACUCACUUCAACUAUCCAGUCAAUGCUAGCUCUGUUCAGGACAUUCCAUUUUCCGUUCCUUAUUAGGCACUGUUGUGUAUCUACUUCGUUAUGUUAAUGAUCCUGUAUACAACAUUGUUUCCUUUUGAAUGUUCUUAUACAUAAAAAAAAAUCUGUUAUUAUCUUUGCUGUGCAAAAGAGAAGAGAAAAUCCAAUGUAUUGAGAUGUAAAUAUUCACAACGUGUAUUAUUUUUAAAAAGGGUCACGUUCGUUGUUUUUGUGUAUCUUGAAAAUUGACCAGUAAUAAAAAAAACCUCACAGAA